UUCAAUUCUAAGGCAUAUAUAGCUGCGACAUUAAAAGCAAGGACAGACAAGGACAUUUGUCAGUCUUGCAAGAUUGGUUAGUUUCGACCUCUCUAGAUCUCAUGGGUCAGUUCCCAGUGCUUGUUCUGCUGCUUGUCCUAAGGUGCACAGCCACAUGUUUCUCUCAGGACGUGGGGGAAUCCAAUAAGGGUAAGUUCUAUAUACUGAGGAACCAGGUAAAAUACGAUCAAAGUUUUAAAACGAAAUCAGAAAACUAUAUCAUAAAAUGAACAUUGCUUCAAGAAUUAUUGCAAACAGCCCUGAUCUUCCUGCUUUUUCUGUGUAUAUUGCAUGUACAGCAAUUGUUUGAUUUGCCAUUGUGAAAUUAGUAUUAUGGAUGGAAAUUACAAGACAUGGCCCUGAGAUUCUGUAUACUAGGACCUCAAACUGUUUAUUUAUUUUGCCACUAAACCGCAGUUAACCUCAGUCUAUUAAUAUAGGAGAAGCAGUAUUGAUAGGAUUUAUUUUGCUAGUGAUUAGUGAUAUUAGUUUAUUUUGGAGUAUUUGAACAAAUACAUUUGCUUUGGUUUUUAAAAGUGGCAGAAACAUUAGAACAUCACUGCUGAACAUCUUGAUAUUUUCAGGGUUAUUCACUAAAAGGUAAAGUGUCAGGAAUUCAAACUGUAUUCAAAGUGAAUUUCAAGGUCAAAGUUACCAAACUGGAAAAAUAAUCAAAGCCACUUAGGCUACCAGUUUGGCUACUUUGGCCUUAAAUUAAAAAAUUCACCAUGAAUUCCCCAAAAUACUCACUUUAGUUUAAAACAACAGCCAAAACUAAAGAGAAUAAAAUAAAAAAAGAAAGAAAAGAAAAUGCUAGUUCUCCCAAUUCCUUAUACAUCUAUUAUAUAUUUUACUAUUUAUUUAUAAAAUAUUUUACCAGGAAAGAUACAUUGUGAUUUCUCUUGUUUUCAAGUAUGUCCUGGGUACACAAAACAUUGCAUUGAUCUGAUAGGGUACAAUAAAAUACAAAAACAAUAUUUUUCAUUUUUUAAUUCUUUAUUUUUGGUGCAAUUUCAGCGGUACAGACAUAAGUAAGGGUGCCACAACAGCAUAUGCAUGAGGUACAUUCACAUUUCGUUUGUCUCAUAGAUUGGGCCGAGUUGAGCUGUGCACAUUUUAUAUUACCAUUGUAGUUUUAACGGGGGAUCUGACUGUGCCAGUGGUGAGUGUGAUAUGUAUGUCUAGUGUCAUCCCAGUGGGACUCUUAGGCGGUGUUGGGGCACUGGCACAGGAUAUGGCCUCAGUGGUUGCUUAGUUCCUUGCGUGGCUUGAGAUGUCUGGGCGCUGGGCAACCACCUUACCAUCACAGGACUGUGUAAUUAGUUCUAACCAGUAAGGUUGGGGUCAAUGAUAACAGGUUGUGAGUGACUUAGCUUGUCAUCAAAAAAGCAAAACAAAGCAAAACAAACAGCGAAUAAAAAUAACAAUCGGCUAGCAAUGUGGCCAAUGCAGGUUUCAGGUUGCGGGUCCCGUGAGCGUGGUGGCUGGUUCCAUGGUGUAGUUGAACAAUCCCAGGGUGGUCAGCAGGGCCGGACCAUUCCCCAGUUGGAGAUCUUGUAGUGUUUGUUGCCUUUAGUCACCCAUAAUGUCCUGGGGGUUGCCCACUUGUACGUGAGGCCCGCUGCUUGCAGGUUGGUUGUGAUGGGCUGUAUGCUCUUGCGCCAUAAGAGAGUGUCUCUACUCAGGUCCUGGAAGAAGGUGAUUCGGUGUGUUUCAAAGUCGUGUAGUGUUUUCUCUUUAUUGGCUGUCAUUAGGGCUAUCUUAGGGAUUGGCAUCUUAAGAUGAUGUCACGUGGAGCUGCCUUUGGUGCCUGCUGUGGUUUGGCAAUGUCUGGUGGGGAGGAGUGCGGCCACCAAGCGCCUUAUAAAGUGUGGCAGCUCGUCCAGUGGUACCACUUCUGAUACCCCCCUGAUUUUGAUGUUCUUUUUCCUACCCCUGUCGUCUAGUAUGGCGACUUGUCUGAUGGUGUUUGCUUGUGCAGUUUGCAUUUGGGUGACUGUGUCUUUAAGUGAGGUCUUGGCGUAGGUCUCUCACCUCUUUUUCCGCGGCCUGGGUUCGGGCCGAUACUGCUUGUACCUCUGCCGCCAGCCCCUUCAGGUCAGCUUGCCACAUGUGCUGUAAAUUCCAUUGAAGACCAGCCAGCAUGGUCUGAAUGUCCUGCUUUGUUGCCGGUGCUGAGUCAUUAGCGGUGUGUAUGAGUGCGCUUCCUGCGUCUGUCAUAGCCAUGCUAUGUGUGGAGUCCCCGUCCUCGGACCUCUCAGGUGAGACCACCUUGGCGGCUCUGGUCCGUGCAGGCGGAGGGGAUUGCAGCAUGCUGCCUAUUUCCCGGUGUGGCUUGGGAGCGCUCGGAUUUGGUUUGUGGGAUCUCUGUCCUAUUUCUUCUGGGGUGUAGAAGUCAGUUUCUGUGUAUUGCGAGCUCACCCUGAGCCAUGAUGUCAGCUCCCUGGCUAGGUGUUGGUCGCGUGUGCGGUAGGCCCCAGGUCCCUUGGUGCGGUGUUUCGUGCCCGGUGUUUGGAAAAAAGGCAUCUGCGGUAUCCGCUGGGUGUCCGGAGUGUGCACAUGCAGUUCUUUUUAGCCGAUGGGCUGUAGGUGUAUUGCUAGUUUUUUGCUCUGGUAUAUCGGAGCCGCUGUAAAUGGCGACCGCUGUGUUGCACCGCUAGCUCUGCCCCCCAAACAAUAUUAAUACACAAUAUAUACAAAAUUUAACAUAGAACAGGUAGGAAAUAGAUAAUCAACCAUAACACGUGCAUUCUGUUUUGAGAUAUUUAGAGAGGGAUCUCUUAAAGGACUUUGGGCCUGGGUAAGAUUUAAAAGUGUGCGGGAGGUCGUUCCAUAAUUGCAGUGCCCUGUAGGAAAAGGAAGAUCAAUAUAUUUUACUAUAAAUCCUUAUAAAAUGCUAAUGCUAAUGAAUGCCUCAUAUGAUUUAAUGAUGGCUUCUUUCUGCUUUCAGAAUAAAUCUAAGUUUUUGCUUUUACAAAUCUUUUUAUUGGCCACUAAUAAAAAUCCAAUAUUUUAAGUGUGUUAACAAAUGUUAUAUAUAUAUAUAUAUAUAUAUAUAUAUAUAUGCGUGUGUGUGUAUGUGUGACUUUGCUCUAGAUUCUAAGGAAUCAAGAGAAACCAUUGUUGCUAAAUAUGUAUUUCUUUACUUGAGGUGCUUCUCACUAACUAUAUAAGAAGCAUUUCAUUAUAAAGUAUUACAUGGCAGUGAAUUAGCUUGACUGGAGGCCUAGAGAACUAUGCGGCUUAAUGAUGACGAUGAUGCCAUUAUUAAAAAACAUGGACUGAUAUGAGAUCUUAAUGGUUGAAAGAACCUCAGGCUGAGUGGUGGCCUUUUUUUUGUAAUUUUUAUAGGAAAUUUGUUUGGGGAUGAUGUAAUGUGUGCUGACCAAUCAAUACAUUUUGAUAUCACUUGAUAUCAUACUCAUUAUAUCCUAGAUAGGGGAUCAUCAUUAUUUGUCACUGCUGAUAAUGUGAUAAAAGCACAGGGGAGAUAUAGUACACCUUAUCUGGGGUGCUGAAAGUUGCCUACUCCUCUUUUAGAUCAGCUAUGUACCUUUUAUCCCUCUCAUCUACCACCUUAUUUCCACACCAUACUAUGACUAAUCAGAUAUGUAAUGUCAUUCUAUGGUGGGUAAAAAUAUAAUUAGUUUCCAUCUUUAUAAAGGCUAUUGGUAAAGCAGUGCCGUGUGAAUGUGUGACCCUUGCAAACCAUAGUUUUCUUUCAUAUUUAUUAGGAAAUUAGUUGGGACAAAAGUCUAUUGCAGUUGGGGCUAUAUGGUAGAUUCCCAGAUGUUGCAAAUAUACCUAUCCAACAAUAUUUAGCCAGCCAUCAAAAGUUGAAGCUGGGGAUGUCCCUAUUGGCCAUCCCUGGUCUAACGAUUGUGGAUUAAAUGUAAUACCAGGUGCACAUACUUUAAAACAAGAUUCGCUAUAAAACUUUUUUUGCAUAAGACUGCUAAUAGUCAUACAAAAAUGUGCCUCUCACAUCAACCACUUUUUUUUAUUUUUUAUUUCAUAUUAUUUCUUGUAGUUCGUCCAUGCAUUGUUUGGUUUUUUCAAUUUCAGUAAUUAUUUUCCCUUCAAUACAGAUGAGGUUCCAAAGCCAGGCAAUUGCAGCCCGGAAUCCCCACAUCAUGACAAUGAACCCCCUCCAUGCCCAGACCUAUGUGAGGGAAUCGAAAAUUGCACCACGACGAGCUGCACCAUAGACAGUCAUUGUGAUGGCAGCCUGAAAUGCUGUAAGACGAGAUGUGGCAUGGAGUGUGUUCCACCGUAUUUUAGUGAGUCAAACUCUUCAUAAUGUACUAUGAUUGAUAAUAGAUUAUAUUUAUGGCAAAACAAAAGUUAUAAAAACUAAAAUAAAGAGAAAUUGACACAUGUUGUACUGAUAUGUAGAAUUACCUGCUUCAAUAUCCCAAGUUAUUAAUUCCUAGCUCUAUUUACCGUGACCCUAAUUAUUAUACAUGGCGGUACCUCGAUGACACAAGUUUCAUUUAAAUAAAAAUGUGCUUGAUCCAGCCAGUAGGAAGGCAUUUAAAUCAUCAUGGGAACCCUAUUUUGUCUCCUGUUCCAGGGUUUAGAACCAUUAAUCUAGGUCUUAAAGGCAUAUCAACAGAAUAGUCAUGUGUAAGUUUAAUUGUAAAUAAUUCUCUGUGUACACAACUACAACAUGUUAACUCUACAUUGAUACCUAUAACCAAAUAUAUGAUGGCAACAUUUAAAGUGGCAUGUUAUAUGACUUCCUGGUAACAAUGAUCUGUUUCUGCAUUUCACUGUAUGUAUAUAUAUAUAUUUUUUCUCCUAAAAUCAGGAAACCCCUGUCAAGGCAAUCAUGACUGUCCAUUGGGUCUAAAGUGCUGUAAUGGUAUAUGUGACAGCGACUGUAUCUAUCAACAGAAAAGACAAAGUCUUGUUACUAAAGGAUCACUCAGCGCUGUGAGCGUGAGUAUCGACAUAAACCACAUUUUGAGAAUACUUGUGCUAGCAUCUGUAAACAGGUAGCCCCCCAGCUGUUGUUGAACUAGAGCUCCCAUUAUGUUUUUGUUUGUUGAAUUUACCUGCGCGAUAAUAAAAUAGCUGUGAAUUUACCAGAAUUCUCUGCAAGCCAGCAGUUUACAUUAAUUUAGCCAUACCUUCCAAUAUUUCAAAUCCACAAAGAAACUUUAAUAUUAAAGGUGUGAGUGGGUGUGUGGCCUGGGGUGGUGCUGUUCUGAGAAAUUUUAGGUGACAUAGAACCUAAAAUAGGUUUAUUUAGAAUAAAAACAAUGUAUCUCAUUUACACGAACUGAUUUCUAAACACAUUUUUGGCAGUUUUAAGACACAUUACUGCAUUAUUGCUGUAGCGCUGUUAUACACUCAUACACACCAACAAUGUGGAGCUCCUAGAAAAGAGGGACAUUAGGACAGAAAAGAGGAACAGAAGGAUUUAGACCCAAAAUAGGGAAUAUCUCUCCGACAUAGGCACAUUUUGGGAGGUAUGAUGUGUUUUGGGCAAAUGCAAGUAUUACAAAUUUUAGAAUGCAAAGUUGUAUUUUUAAACAGUGUACUUUGUCUUUAAGAUAUUGCAAACUUCAAGGCUAUGCUACGUAAUAGCAAUAACCUCUUACCUACUUUCAGUGCAUAAUAUGCUGCGUAGUUCUAACUUACGCCAUUUUGUCUUCGCUUAAUGGGUUUUAUAUGUCUAUAUUUAUAUUUAUAUUUAUUAAAAUAUCUACAAAGACAAAACUUUGUUGCUUCCAAGACAAUCCUUAUUUUAUUUUGUAUUCUCAAUUAUUUAUAUGUAUUUUAGAUAGAGGAUCUCUUACUAACUAUAUAAUAUUAUGGCUAAGAUAUCUGUAUGGUUAGCCCUAGUAAGUUCUAUGCUUUAAGACGUUCUAGUGGUAAAUAAGGGAACCGGCUGCGAUUACAAAUGUAGCAGUAGACAAGGUAAGGUCAAAGCCAAGAUGGAUGACAAUUUGGGACAUUAUCAGUCUUGACACACAUAUUGUGAGAGAAUUCCAGAGAGUAAUUCCAUUAUUUAGUUUUUCUUUAAGUAAAAAUUAACUAUAUUUAAGACCAUAACCAUGAUUUCACUUUUUUUAAAUUCAAGGAUGCACUUCCUUAAUUAUUCACUUUCAGGUAGAAAUACAAUUGAUUGCACACUAAAAGGGGAGUGAAUUGAUAGAUGGAACAAAAUGCUAAAAUAAAAAAUGGGUCCACAAAGACAUAUAGCUAUCAAAAUCAGAAUAGAAUGUAAGUAGAUUUAAUCAAUAGUGUGUAAUUCUUCUCUACUCUCUGUUAUUGGUAUAUAGAAUGUGUUAUUUCACUGUGAUGAUAAUCUUAUGUGACAUGAUUUUGUUUUCAUUUUAGAAAAAGAAAGCUAAGUGACCGUAUCACAAGCAAAGCGACUCAAUUUCACCGGAAUCAAUGGAUAAAGUGACCUGUAGCCUUAAAAUAAACAUCUGAUGUGCCUGAGACAAAUUGAAUGAUGUUAAAAAUAAUAAAUAUGUACAAUAUA